UGUGAGGCGAGUAGUAGGCGGAGUGACUCGGCGGCCAUUAGCUGUGUGUAGUUGCCUGGCGCUAGGAGCUUAAGUGAAGCGGGAAUUCUUACUCGGUGGAAAUCAACCCUGGCCAUGGGUUCUUGCCGAGGAUAGCCCUAGAACACGGAGCAGGGGGCGCUUUUCGGUUCCCCGCCUUGCCCAGUAGUGGGGCCUACUAGGCCGCCGGGACAUCCCGGGUCUCAAGUAGGCCUAGUCUGCGGGCAAGGGCGUCCCAAAGGCGGGAGGCGCCAUGUCUCUGGUUGCUUAUGCCAGCAGCGAUGAGAGUGAGCCGGAUGAACCGGAGCCGGAGCCGGAGGAAGAGGAUGUGGCGGCUCCUAUGCCCGGGCCCGCUUUAGGAGGCCUGUUCGCUUCUCUCCCCGCACCCAAGGGUCCGGCCUUGCUGCCCCCGCCCCCCCAGAUGCUGGCCCCAGCCUUUCCCCCGCCACUGUUUCCUCCCCCGCCCACCGGAGACCCCAGGCUGCAGCCUCCUCCACCUCUGCCCUUCGGCCUGGGCGGCUUCCCGCCACCUGCAGGAGUGAGCCCAGCUGAAGCUGCCGGAGUUGGGGAGGGGCUGGGGCUGCCAUCGCCCCAAGGCCCUGGUCUCAGUCUGCCCCCAGCUGUGGGCAGUGUCGGACCCCCCUUGGGACUUCCCAAGCCAAAGAAGAGAACCGAGCCGGUGAGGAUAGCGGCGCCGGAGCUGCGUAAGGGCGAUUCAGAUUCUGAUGAAGAUGAACCUGCAAAGAAGAAAAUUGUCCUCCAGGGAUCCGGCGAGGGGACUGGUUUGUCUGCCUUGCUCCCCCAACCUAAAAACCUGACUGUGAAAGAGACUAACAGGUUGCUCCUGCCCCAUGCCUUCUCCCGGAAACCCUCAGAUGUCUCCUCAGAUGCUAAGCCCUCUAGACUGGCUUCUAAGACCAAGCCCGCCUCACUUGCUCCUGUUUUGGGCACCACAACCACCACUCCAUCACCCUCUGCCAUCAAGGCUGCUGCCAAGAGUGCUGCCCUGCAGGUGACAAAGCAAAUCACACAGGAGGAUGACGACAGUGAUGAGGAAGUUGCUCCUGAGAACUUUUUCUCCCUCCCUGACAAGGCUGAGCCACCUGGAGUUGAGCCAUACCCUUACCCUGUCCCCACUGUUCCUGAAGAGCUGCCUCCAGGCACAGAACCAGAGCCAGCUUUCCAGGACGAUGCGGCCAAUGCUCCCCUUGAGUUUAAGAUGGCAGCAGGGUCAAGUGGGGCCCCCUGGAUGCCAAAGCCCGGGGAUGACUACAGCUACAAUCAGUUUUCCACAUAUGGCGAUGCCAAUGCCGCUGGUGCUUAUUAUCAGUUUAAGCGGCUGCAGGGCAAGAGGAACCGAGGGAGGGAGGAAAUUAACUUUGUGGAGAUCAAAGGUGAUGACCAACUCAGUGGGGCUCAGCAGUGGAUGACCAAGUCAUUGACAGAAGAAAAAACCAUGAAGUCCUUCAGCAAAAAGAAAGGUGAGCAGCCAACUGGCCAGCAGAGGAGGAAACACCAGAUCACGUAUCUGAUUCAUCAGGCUAAGGAGCGGGAGCUGGAGCUGAAGAACACUUGGUCAGAAAACAAGCUCAGUCGCCGGCAGACCCAAGCCAAAUACGGAUUCUAGGGCUCAGGAACUGCUGGCCCAGGAUUUCCUGUCGGCCUCGUUGGCCCAGCCCCCAGCUUCACCUCCAGGACCCCAGCUGCUCUAAGUCCAGGACCUCUACCUUGAGGACCCAGCCCUCACCUCUGGGAGAAGGAACAUAUUUUUCUUAACAAGUUAGAAAAUCCAGCUCCUUUCUGCGCUGGGGCUGGAGAGACUCGAGUGCUGCCUGAAGGCUCUGAGUUCUUGGUUUGGGAGUUUGUUCUGUCAGUGUGAUGAGACAACUCUCCCACUUUUUUUUUUUUUUUUUUUUUUUUAAACCA